GUCUGUUGUGUGUGUCGUGCAGCUGAAGGCUAGAGACAGGUCUGAGUGUUGCGUCCUUGGAAACAGUAGGUCCCAGCGUUCUGCUGCCUGGAUGUUGCUUUGGUCUUUGAGAGCUUAACUCAAAAUUCUGUGGUCACAUGGAGAACCUCCUUGUCUGGGAUAGAGGAGACUGAAAGAUCCUUAACUUGAACUUAGGAGGAGAUAAACAUGGCUUAAACGUGAAAGGCAAAGGCUGAAUGAUAGUCACCUGAAAUCUUUAAGACAAGUGACAAGUAUUUAAGAGAUCAAGGAUACAGUGUUAAGUUAAGAAUCUGAGCAGUACAGCUACUGUGGCAAGAGGCCAACCUGCCCUAUUGAAGGAAAGUGGAAGCAUAAUACUACCCAGACAUUCAAAAUGGUAAUGCAACAGUACCUCCUAACGUACACAGGAGUAGUGUUUGCUCUGUACCUUCAUCAUAUCAUCAGAGCCAUCGAAGUUCCCCUGGAUCCAAAUAUUCAGAGUGAAUUGCCUCAACCUCCCACAAUUACAAAGCAGUCUGUGAAGGAUUAUAUUGUAGACCCGAGGGAUAACAUCUUCAUUAACUGUGAAGCCAAAGGGAACCCCGUUCCUAUUUUUUCUUGGACACGGAAUGGGAAGUUCUUCAACGUGGCCAAGGACCCGAAGGUCUCGAUGCAGCGCAGGUCAGGGACGCUGGUCAUCGACUUCCGCGGCGGUGGGAGGCCGGAGGAUUAUGAGGGGGAAUACCAGUGCUCUGCUCGAAACGAGUACGGGACGGCGCUCUCCAGCAAAAUCCUUCUGCAAGUUUCCAGGUCUCCCUUGUGGCCAAAGGAACAUUUGGACCUUGUAGAGAUCGAUGAAGGAUCCCCACUGACUUUAAAAUGCAACCCACCCCCUGGGCUGCCGCCUCCUGUUAUCUUCUGGAUGAGCAGCUCCAUGGAGCCAAUCCACCAAGACAAGCGCGUCUCCCAGGGCCAGAACGGCGACUUAUACUUCUCCAACGUUAUGCUGCAGGACGCCCAAACUGACUACAGCUGUAACGCGCGUUUCCACUUCACCCACACCAUCCAGCAGAAAAACCCUUACACGCUCAAGGUCCAAACCAAGAAUCCCCAUAAUGAAACGUCUUUUCGAAAUCACACUGACAUGUACAGUGCCCGAGGGGUUAUGGAAACGACCCCCAGCUUCAUGUAUCCCUACGGGACCUCAAGCAACCAGAUAGUGCUGAGAGGAGUGGACCUCUUACUCGAGUGCAUUGCUUCAGGAGUACCAGCACCAGACAUCAUGUGGUACAAGAAAGGAGGAGAGCUCCCAACAGACAAAACCAAGCUGGAAAAUUUUAACAAGGCCCUUCGCAUCACCAACGUCUCUGAGGAAGACUCUGGGGAAUACUUCUGCUUGGCAUCCAACAAAAUGGGCAGCAUCCGCCACACUAUCUCAGUCAGAGUGAAGGCGGCCCCUUACUGGUUGGACGAACCACAAAACCUUAUUUUGGCCCCCGGUGAGGAUGGUAGACUCGUGUGUCGAGCCAACGGGAACCCGAAGCCUACAAUCCAGUGGCUGGUGAACGGAGAGCCCAUAGAAGCUGCUCCUCCCAACCCAAGUCGGGAAGUGGCCGGAGACACCAUUGUAUUUCGGGAUACCCAGAUUGGCAGCAGUGCCGUGUACCAAUGUAACGCUUCCAACGAACAUGGCUACCUUCUGGCUAAUGCCUUCGUCAGCGUUCUGGAUGUGCCUCCCCGGAUUCUUGCCCCACGGAACCAGCUGAUCAAAGUGAUUCAGUACAACAGGACCCGCCUUGACUGCCCAUUCUUUGGCUCCCCGAUCCCCACUUUGCGCUGGUUUAAGAAUGGUCAGGGAAGCGCCCUGGAUGGAGAGAACUACCAGAGGCAUGAAAAUGGGAGCUUGGAAAUAAACAUGGCUCGGAAGGAGGACCAAGGAAUCUACACCUGCGUCGCCACCAACAUUCUGGGUAAAGCAGAGAACCAGGUUCGUUUGGAGAUCAAAGACCCAACUAGGAUUGUGAGAGGGCCAGAAGAUCUGAUUGUAAAGAGGGGCUCCAUGGUUCGAUUAGACUGCCGUAUAAAACAUGACUCUACGCUGAAACUCACAGUCACCUGGCUAAAAGAUGAUACGCCUCUAUACAUUGGAAACAGGAUGAAGAAGGAAGAUGAUGGUUUGAUAAUCUAUGGCGUAGCUGAAAAAGAUCAAGGAGAUUAUACGUGUGUAGCCAGUACUGAACUGGAUAAAGACUCUGCCAAAGCAUUCCUCACCGUGCUAGCUGUCGUGUCUGCUCCAACUAAUCGUAUGACAGCCUUACCCAAAGAACGACCUGAGCAGCCUCGUGACCUGGAACUGACAGACCUGGCGGAAAGGAGUGUGCGCUUGACAUGGAUACCUGGUGAUGACAACAACAGUCCGAUCACAGAUUACGUGGUUCAGUUUGAAGAGGACAAGUUCCAACCUGGGUUGUGGCAUAACCAUUCCCGUUACCCAGGGAGUGUGAACUCAGCUAUACUGCGCCUCUCACCCUAUGUCAACUACCAGUUCCGAGUGAUAGCUGUGAACGAAGUGGGGAGCAGCCUGCCCAGCCUUCCCUCUGAACGAUACCAUACAAUUGGGGCAAGUCCAGAAAUCAACCCAACAGGAGUUCAAGGAGCAGGGACUCAAAAAAACAACAUGGAAAUAACUUGGACUCCACUGAAUGCAACUCAAGCUUAUGGGCCUAACCUCAGGUACAUAGUGAAGUGGAGGCAAAGGGAUACGCGGGAGAGCUGGCGCAAUGAGACGGUGAGAACUACAAGGCAUGUUGUCUGGAAUACACCCAUCUAUGUGCCCUAUGAGAUCAAAGUGCAAGCAGAGAAUGACUUCGGGAGAGCUCCAGAGCCUGAUGUUACCAUCGGCUAUUCAGGGGAAGAUUAUCCCAAGGCUGCCCCCACUGACAUUAGGCUAAAAGUUAUAAACAGCACAGCAGUCAGUCUCCAAUGGAGCCGAGUAUACCCGGAUACCGUCCAGGGACAACUUAAGGAAUACAGAGCCUAUUUCUGGAGAGAAAGUAGUUUGCUGAAGAACCUGUGGGUCUCCAAAAAAAGGCAGUCUGUGGGUUUUGUUGGAGACCGACAACGGGGCAUAGUGUCCCGGCUGUUUCCUUACAGCAACUACAAACUGGAGAUGGUUGUAGUCAACGGGAGAGGAGAUGGGCCUCGGAGUGAAAUUAAGGAGUUCACAACACCUGAAGGAGUACCCAGUGCCCCCAGAUAUUUCAGAAUCCGACAGCCUAACCUGGAAACCAUCACUUUGGAAUGGGACCACCCUGAACAUCCUAAUGGAAUUCUCACUGGAUACAACCUUAGAUACCAAGCCUUUAAUGGAACCAAAACUGGCAGAACGCUGGUAGAGACCUUCUCCCCCAACCAAACAAGGUUUACGCUGCAGAGGACAGACCCCAUAUCGCGCUAUAGAUUCUUUCUGCGUGCUAGGACACAGGUGGGAGAUGGAGAAUCUACUGUGGAAGAGUCGCCAGCCCCACUGAAUGAAGCCACUCCAACCCCAGCUGUAACCUCGUUGCCUACAACCAUAGUCAGUCUAACCAGCACUACAACCAUCGCCACAACCACCACCACCACCACAGCUGCCACAACCCCUACAACCGUCGCCAGCACUACAACCACUACGGAGAGUGCUCCGAGAGCCACCACUAAGCAGGACUUUGCCACGAAUGGAUCAUCCAUAUGGAACGUAAAAGCUUUCACUAACAGUAACUGGGCAAACAUCACCUGGAGCCACAAUUUUUCUGCUGGAACUGACUUUGUGGUUGAGUAUAUCACCAGUAACAAUACAGUGAGAUCUAUCCCUGUUAAAGCUCAGAGCCCUUCCUCUGUGCAGCUGGCUGACCUGACCCCGGGGAUGACGUACCAGUUGUGGGUUUUUCCCAAAUGGUCUAGCCCCAGUGAAAACUCUUACAUAACCUUUACGACAAGCUCAGCUUAUACCAAGAACCACGUGGACAUUGCAACCCAGGGCUGGUUUAUUGGGCUGAUGUGUGCCAUUGCGCUUCUGGUUCUGAUUUUGUUGAUAGUGUGCUUCAUUAAGAGAAGCAGAGGCGGGAAAUAUCCAGUGCGUGAAAAAGUUGAAGUCCUAGAUCAUGAAGACCACAAAGCAGAUGAUCCAUCAUUUGACUACAGGUCUCUUGAAAGCGAUGAAGACAACAAGGAACCACCAGGCAGCCACACCUCUUUGGACGGCACCAUAAAGCAGGAAAGUGAUGAUAGCCUGGUGGAUUAUGGAGAGGGGGGCGAAGGGCAGUUCAACGAGGAUGGCUCCUUUAUCGGCCAGUACACAGUCAAGAAAGACAAGGAGGAGACAGAAGGCAAUGAGAGUUCGGAAGCCACAUCCCCCGUCAAUGCUAUCUACUCCCUGGCGUAACAAAAUACAUUGAAACCACAACGACAAAUAUAUACAUAGCCAAUGGGGGUAAAACCGCCACCACCAACAGGAACCCGAGUAUGAAAAAAAAACAACGAAAAAAGAACAAACAAAAACAGAACAGUCCAGGUGGUCACCAAUGCCAUCCUAUCCUUAGCAAACACGCGAAUGGCAAGGAUUCAUGGGGUGCUAACGUGUUGUAGCUGUAGCUGAAAUCUGAGCUGAACCAAAGGGGCCAGAGGAAGAGCAGGACGCACAGGUUCUACACCCUGGGCUUCAGAACUUGGAACACCAACCCCUCCCCAGGUCUUCUUUUUUAGAUAACGCAGCACUCUCUUUGGUUAAUCAUUUACCCUGCUGAGGUUUCUGGUUUUUUCCUUUUUGGGGGUUCAAAGUUAUUUUUCUUGGAGAAAGGUCCCAAAUCAGAGAAAGGGGGAUGGGGUAGGGAAUGAGGAUACAAGGCCUAUCCAGGUUAACAGCAGCAAGAAACCACACAAGGAAGCAGGAGGGGUCAGAUCAGCUAAGAAUAGAAACAACACGGUACUGUAUUAAUGGGACGUUCUCCGAGACUGUAUUUGAGAUGGACAUCUUUACAGCCAACACCUCGCUCAUAACACCUCCAAAACAAGUCAGCACCACAAAGGCCCUUCCUGUAAAGUGAAGCAGCAUUGCACUGGGCCCCGGGGAAGACUAUGCCCGUGAGGUUUUCAUUGGUGCAGUUGGAUUUGUGUUAUACCUCUUAUUAAUGAUAAACAUCCACACUGGGUUCUGUCACCAAGGAACCAAUGGGCGAGAUUUCCCUGCAUCCAUGCUACUUAGCAACAGUUUUUUUUAAAAGGGAUGUUGGGGAAGAAAUGUAGGACUUGAUUAAAGACAGACAGAUGCAGCUCACCUUCUGACGCCAGGCGACUGCUCAGCCACUGGAUAAUUAUGUGGGAGAUUCUUUAUUUUGUAAGAGAAAAAUAUAACCCCACAAACCCCACUGCUUUUAAGGAAAAACCCAUAAAUCAGUGGGAAGCAAAGAGGAAGGACCAGUAUUAACAGGAAAAAGGGACUAAGAGUUGAUAACAUAUAUCCAGUCAUGAAAAGAUGGCACCUAACAGCCAUGGGGGUGGAUAAAAGAACAAAUUGUAUUAAACCAGCAUUGCAGCUGCUGCUAAGCUCCUUGAAAGUUUCAGGGAUGCCCAGGCCUGUAAAUGGCAAAGACGCAGGACAUGGGAUCUUCUUCCACAUUAUUCUGAUCAAUAGGGUGUCAUUCAAUUUGUUCUCAGUUAAAAAUCUCCCCUUAGCCUGGUGCAGCGGCCUUUUCCCGUUCGAUCAAUCACCCCACAAGAGAAAUUUCCACGUGCUUUAGGCUGCAUGUGGAACACUCAUCCGUUUUGUUAUUUACAUAUCAAGACAACUCAGUUCAGCUAACCUGCUAACAUGCUGUAAUAACAUGUCUUUAUAGGAAGUUCUAUCAUUACAAUGCUCUUCCAUAUGCCUUAUACAGCUUCAAACGUCCCCUGAAGUUUAAUAAACUAAGAAUAUUUACCCUCAGCUUAAGCCCCUGACGUGAGUCUGUCAGUCCACUAGGAAUAAGGAUGCCUGUGCAGCCCUUCCAGCUGAGAAAGCAUGGAUCAUUGUAGAAGACAGAGUUUUAUAAUAGCCCGUACUUAGCGGCAAAUGCCAUGUGUCUUCUCCCCAUCUCGUGCACUUUUGAAACCAAAGGUACCUUUGCUGAGAGAGAUCAGAGGACUUCGGACAGUUUCACACUUAUACAAUGUUAAGCAGGGUUUUUGUUUUUUAACUGAAGAUGGUUCUGUUGCACAUAAUGGACUAAAUGCAGUAGGAUUCAUACAAUUGUUUUAGCUUUCAAGCUACUUUGCUACAGAGACAUCUUGCUAACAAAGAUGUUUCUACUACAAGGGAUAGAUUAGACACAACAUUUGCCACAUUCCCUAAAGCUGCCAUGAUAUUUAACAGCUCAACUAUUUUGCAUUUCUAAGAAAGAAACCCAAACUAGGUCCAUUUCUGUGCAACACACUCAGUCAAAUCAAGCAAAGAAACAGGAUGGAGCGUUUAGGUGUGGCAAAGAAGUUGGGUAUACCAUGUGAAUCAGAGUGCGUCACAGACUGCUGAUAAAGGACUGCCAAAGCUGCCUCUUACACAUAGGGUUACUCCUGCUAACAUGGUCUAAGCCACAAAGGAAAUCACCUGCCAUGGUAGUUCACUUUUUCCUUUAGAGGGAGAAAAACCGUAACCACCACUCUGUUACUGUCAAUGUAAAUGCAUUAUACCCACAGGCUUAAUUCUAAUGGACUCAGCUGGCAUUGUUCCGUAGCAAGGGGAGACCUAUAACCACUCACUUCCAUGGAAGAAAGCAGUCACCUCCGAACAGUUUAUAACACACUAAGCCAAAUUUCAAAUAGUGCUGAGUUUAAGAGGGCAUCUGGGG